GUGAGUGUAUUUGCUCAUCAGUCGCUCCGCUCUUCAGCCACCGGCCCACCGGCCAUAGUUUGGCCGGAGAGCACCUGCCAGUUUUGGCCAUGCAGAUGCCCCUGAAUGAUGGCUUUACAAACCCUCUCCCUUGGGAUUGCUUCACUUUUGGUCUUCUUUGUGCUCCGGUGAACAGGUCGCUGAUCUCUUCCGCCGUGCCCUCUCGUUCCACAAAUCUAAUAAAAAUGCUAUCUUUCGGUCAAAAAAGGAAAAAUGGCUGUUAAACCCAAAACUGCGGCCCGACCAUCGUCUCGCUAUCUCGACCACCUCCUCCUCUCCCUCCGCAACCGAAGCCGUCUCCCCGCCCGCAUAUGGCCCGAUGACGACCGCCAUCAUCUCCCCCAACCUCCCUCCUCCUCCGUCGCCGCGGCUGCCGCCGCCCCCGACAUCCCCGUAGGCGAUGACUCUCAUCCGCCGCCUCCUCUCAAGCUCAGCCACCCUCUCCUCCGCGCGCUAGAAGCAUCUGGCCCCGCCUCCACGCCUCGAUUCUCUCAGACCCUGGCGCGGAUCGUCAUAUCAGGUCUCUCUCGCCACCGCCUCGCUGCUGGCCGCGUCGUCAAGCCCCUUUGCGCCUCCCCGUCCUCCAUCCCCCUCGCCGUGGCUCUCUUCUCCGGCGUGGACGACCCUGACGCCUUCCUCUCCAACAUCAUCCUCCGCGCCUAUAUCAACUUCGACCAGCCCCAUCAAGCUCUCGAUUUCUUCCGCCGCUACGCGCUUCCUUCCUCAGUUCCUCCCAACCACUUCACUUUUCCACUCCUCGCAAAACUACUCGCGGAGCUUGGACUUGCUCGAGAAGGGUCGUGCAUCCAUGCCCUGGCUUCCAGACUGGGUUUUGAGUUCGAUUUGUACGUUCGAAACUCUUUCAUCCACAUGUACUCCUCUCUGGGCGAUGUCGACUCCGCCAGAAAGCUCUUCGAUUUAGGCUUCGAUUCAGAUAUUGUCACCUGGAAUUCCAUGAUCGAUGGGUACAUCAAGAAUGGGAUGGUUGACUCUGCUCGUAGCCUGUUCGAUCAUAUGCCUGAGACGGAUUUGGUCACCUGGAAUGUGAUGAUUGCAGGUCAUACCGGGGUUGGAGAAAUGGAUGCGGCAGAUCAUCUCUUUGUAAAAAUGCCUGAGAGGGAUUCUGUUACAUGGAACACUUUGCUUGAUGGAUAUGCCAGGAAGGGGGAAAUUGCAGCUGCAAGGCAGCUUUUUGAUAAGAUGCCUAUCAAGAAUUUGGUGUCUUGGAAUAUCAUGUUGGCUCUUUGUUCUCGUAUCAAAGAUUAUCGAGAAUGUUUGAAGUUGUUUGAUAGUAUGAUUGCUAUUGAAGAUGCGAAGCCCGACAAUGCCACUUUGGUCAGUGUCCUCACAGCUUGUGCACAUUUAGGCGAUCUUGUUCGGGGAAAGUGGAUUCAUUCGUUGAUCACGGACAGAUCAGAAACAAUCAGGCCUGAUGUUUUACUCUCAACUGCACUCGUAAAUAUGUAUUCCAAGUGUGGAGACAUGAGUUCGGCUACUGAAGUCUUUGAUUCGAUGGAAGAGCGUAGCGUAGCCACAUGGAACUCUAUGAUUAUUGGUUACGGUUUGCAUGGCAAUGGUGAGAAGGCUCUCGAGUUGUUCAUCGAAAUGGAGAAGGCGGGGCAAGAUCUCAAUGAGACUACCUUUGUGUGCAUUCUGAGUGCAUGUGCCCAUGGGGGAAUGAUAAUGGAAGGAUGGUGGUGCUUCGAUCGUAUGGUUCGCAUUUAUAAGAUUCAACCUAGACCAGAUCAUUUUGGUUGCAUGCUGGAUCUUCUCGGUCGAGCGGGCUUCUUGAGCGUCUCAAAGAAACUAGUUGAUGGACUACCGAUUGAGCCAGUGCCGGCCUUGUUGGGGGCUCUGAUGUCAGCUUGCCGCACUCACUGCAACUGGCAGCUCGGGGAGAUUAUUGGCAAGAAGUUGAUCGAAAUGAAGUCUCAAGAGAUUGGACCAUAUGUACUGUUAUCUAAUAUAUAUGCGGCACAAGGCAAAUGGGAUGAUGUAGCGAAGCUAAGGGAGAUGAUGAAUAAGAAUAGUUUUCAAAAUGGUGUGGGUUUUAGCUUAGUGAGCAGUGUCUUGGAGAACAAUGGCUCAGUUGGCAUCAAAUGAUCUUAGAUUUGGAUAUAUUUGGACUGAAAUUGGGCUUGAAUUGGAGUUCAAACGAGAAGAUCAAGCUUUGAAGCAUUAUGGAUCGUUUAUCAAGAAUAGGAGAGAUCUGAACCAUCUGUUGAAGAUCUGGCCGAUCCAACCUAAGGGAGAGUAGAUAUGAGCCAUUG